AUGCCAAUUAAAAAAAUUAAAAAACGUCAAGCAUUUGUAAAGAAAGUUUCCAGAGAGGGCAAGGUCAAUGUUGUUGCAGUUGGGGCCUGUUUGGUAGUCUUGUUGUUCGCGACGUCAUUUAUGAUCUUUACAAAAGUUCGAAGGCUCUACCGACAAAGGCAAGUGAAAUCGAUGAACUUUGAUAAUCCGGUCUACAAAAAAUCGACCGACGACGACGAAUACGACGACGGGAAUGUUGCUGCAAGCGCCGUCGCCCCCGCCGCCACCAGCAAUACCAACAACACGACGACAAACAAUGACAAAAACGAUGAUAGCAACAAUGAUAACAAUAAUGGAAGUAAUAACAAUAAUGUUGAUGACGUCAAUCCCGUUGUCGUUGUCCUAUCUUAUGACGGAUCACAUGUCACUUCGAAUGCCGAAUCUCUGACACUGAUUCAAAAAGAAAAUAUGUGAGGAUAAAGAAGAAGAGAGGAGAAAGAUGAUAUGAUGACUGAAGAUAAUGAUAAGGAUGAUGAUUGGAUGUUUACGAUGACCACAAUGUUGAUGAUGAUGUCAAUGACGACGAUUAUGGGGAUGACGAAAAUGAUUGAAGCAAUUGGUAUUAUAAUGAUAAGACAACUGAUGAUGAUGAUGUUAAAACUGAUGGUGAUGUUAUAAUGACUGAGUUAUGUAUGAUAUUAUCAUUAUUUUGGCUGAGGCAUUUCAUCCGAUAGUUUGUUAAUGGAGAAAGUUUUAAUUUAUACUGGAUGCCAUGCUAUAGGCGAGAUGAAAGUUUAUUAAUUUUAUUGCAAAAAAAGCUCCAUUUUAAUAAUUUUAUGAUCUACUUGUAUAAUUGUUUUACUGUUAUUAUCUGUCGUCUUCUUUGUAUAUAACAAUAUGUAACUUAUCAUAUUUUUACACUCCUCAUAAUACACCAUCAUAUCGCUUCAAUGCUCAUCUUAUUCUAUCAACUAUAUCACUCAACAUACGCUUACU